AUGACAUUGCCGGCAAAACCGACACCGGUGGUGUAUCCGGUCAACGACACUUCCCGGUCCGAAGCCGAACGCGCGUACCUGCAGCUAUUGAUGGACUUCGCCGCCAAACAGGACCUGACAGAGGACUCGAGGGGCUACGUUCGGGAUGUCACGAUAGCCUUCACCGUCUUCGCGGGCGUCUUCGUGGCGUUACGCUUUCUCGCCCGCUAUCGACAGUCCGCCCGGAUCCUGAUAGACGACUGGAUGAUGGUGGCUGCUUUCGUGGUGCUGAUCGGAAACAUGAUCAUGAACCUGGAGCUCAUCAAGAUGGGGUUGGGACUCCAUUCAGGCGCCUUGACCCUUCCGCAACUGCAGAAGUUGAACGAGACCCUCGUCGGCGCCGAAAUCAUCUACGUCACCGGCGUCAAUCUGUACAAGAUCUCGUUGCUGUUCUUUUACUUCCGCGUCUUCCCCAUCCGCUCCGUUCGGCUGGGCGGCUACAUCUGCGGCGGCAUCUCGACGGCCUGGAACAUUGCUUGCAUCCUAGCCGCCACCUGGCAAUGCACGCCGCGCCAGAGGCUGUGGAUGCCAUGGCUCGAGGGCACCUGCAUCGACCUGUUCCUCACGCAGCUGUGCAUCUCAGUCCCGAGCAUCCUCUGCGACAUCGCCAUCCUCUGCCUCCCUCUACCCCACGUGCUGCGGCUCAAGACCAACAUCCUGCAAAAAGCGCUGCUCGUGUUUGUCUUCUCCCUUGGAAGUUACGUCGUCUUCACCAGCAUUUACCGCUUCCGCGUGUACCUGGACUACACGACCGACGACGUGCCAUGGUCGCUAGCCGACCCCUGCGCCUGGAACAUUAUCGAGAUCAGCAGCGGCAUCGUAUCAGCAUGCCUGCCCACACUGGGCCCCCUCGUCCGCGACCUCUGGAAAUCCGCGUGGCCGUCCAGCACCGGGGGCUCCAAGAGCGGCGGCCCUUCAUCAUACCUCAAGGGUUCGAGCGCGGGCAUCGUCACCAUCGGCGGGACGGGCGGGCGCAAGGGCGGCGGGGCCAAGCACAGCGGCGGGCGCAGCCUGGGCUCGCACUGGGACCGCAUCGCCGAGAGCGGGCCCGACAGCGAGCCCGCCCACUCGCGCGACGACCUCGAGCUGGUGCCCAAGGCCGUGGCGGGCCGCGUGCGCGUGACCGUGCAUGCCGAUCCGUCGCCGUCGGCUGCCGGCGCGGGGGCGGGGGCAGGGGCGGCGAGGAGGGGGAGUGAUGAGGAGAGGGAUUUGGAAAGGAAUUUUGGUGGGGGUGGUGGGGGUGGGAGGGAGAGGACGCCCACGCCGCUGAGUGGUGAGGAGGAUGAGGAUGGGUUUCCGAGUGGUGGGAUACGGCAGCGGACGGAUGUUGAGUGGAGGGUUGAGCGGAGGAGUCUGUCAACCCGAUGA